GUCUGCCAUGAAUGCUCAUUACCAAAUGGAGAUUCACCACUGAAAAAUGUUAUGUUAGAACGCAAUGCUAAUAUUUUGCUGGAUUGCUCUAUUGUUAACAAAAAGAACAGAGUCCAGAGAUUUUAACAUAACAGGAUGUCUCCAAAAGUCCACUGAUGUGAGCUACCGGGCCAUUAGUGACCAGAAAUUUGUUGUAUCCUGUGACUUACCACUUGAAGACCCCACCAUGAUCUUCAAUUAUUCUCAACUCUAUGAAAUCCAGGUGCAGUGGUUCUGGAAAUCAAGUGAUGGAGAAGUUGAAAAGCUUCAUAGGAAUGCUACCAGCAACCCUACUCUUUGGGGGAAUGCUCUUUGGUUUAAUCCACUGAAAGUUCAACAUUCUGGAACAUAUCUCUGCAUCAACAGGAAAGAAAUAUCAACAUGUGUCAAUAUCUUUAUAGUUGUUGAAACAAAAAAGAUAGCAAAUUGCUCAGGUAACAGCGCGAAUGACAAGUACCUGUUUAUUUCCCAAGGAACAUCUAUUUCUUGCCCAGGAAAAGAUUGUUACCCUCACUUUCAGCAUUCCUCAGUUAAAUGGUACAAGAAUGGAAGAAGAAUAACACUUCAAAAGAUCACAAGGCCUGGCCUAGAGUUUAAGGAAGACAAACUGGUAUUGCGUUAUGUUUAUGACAAAGAUAAUGGGACUUAUGUGUGUGAUUAUACAUUGAUUGACCACAGUGCUCAGUGGAAAAUGAGAACCAUAGUUGACAUAAUUAUCAUAGCAAAGGAUACCAUCAGCCCUCCUACAGUUUUGUAUCCCAGCGAUGUGACAAUCCUUGAAAUAGAACUUGGACAAUAUUUAGAGCUUGAAUGCAAAGCCAAGUUUGGUUUUGAAAUGAAUGCUUCAUCUUCAGUGCAGUGGUACAUAGAAACCAAUGAAAAUAAGGAACUAGUCCAUCAAAAAAGUGUUCAUCCAAAGGGACUAGAAGGCCAAACCUUUAGUGAUGUUUUCACCCUAAAGGAAAUAACGGAAGAAGACUUAAGGAACCACUUCAUCUGCUUGGCUCAAAAUUCAGUUGGGAACUCCACAGGGAUGUUCAAGCUUAAGAGGAAAACAGAAAGAGGUAUCUAUUUCCUACUUAUUUUGUGCUGUACAAUCACAACACUGCUUGGGAUCAUUUUGGGAAGUACACUGGUUUAUUGGCGCUGGAUCGAUCUAGUGCUUUUUUAUCGGUAUUACCUGGCUAAAGAUGAAACUGUGGGAGAUUGCAAGGAAUAUGAUGCCUUUGUGUCCUAUGCAAAACCAGAUCCUUCUGGGAUAGAUAAAGCUCCGUGUAAUGAGGAAGAAUUUGCCUUGGAGUUUCUUCCUCAGGUUUUAGAAAAUGGAUAUGGCUAUAAACUGUGUCUCAAGGAACGGAACAUCCUUCCAGGAGGAGCAUACACUGAUGACAUUGUAAAUACACUCAAAAGGAGCAGACGGGCCAUAAUGGUCUUGACCCCAAGCUAUUUCAAAAAUAGAGAAUCCCUCUUUGAACUUGAAGCAGCAGUCAACACUGUGCUGGAGGAUAAAACCAUCAAACUCAUCCUGAUUCAGUUUGAGUCUUUCCAGGAGCCACAGUCACUGCCACAGAAAGUGAAGAAAGUUCUCAAGAUUUUACCAAGGGUUGUUUGGGAAACAUCUACCUCUCACACUGCUAAUAAUCAGUUCUGGAAAAAGCUGUGGUAUCACAUGCCAGUGAAACAUACCAUAGGAACUAAAGCCAAGCAAUCUUUAUUCUCCACCACCUCAUUCCUACUGGAAGAAGAGAAAACGCACUGGAAGAAGAAAGAUGGAGAAAGAUCUGUAACCUAAAGUCUAGGUCCCACGGAAGACAUAGGGCCACAACACACAGGCAAAAUUAAGUGGUUUCCAGCCACUUUGAAGGUGGGACGUUUAGAUGACACAUGCCUCAAAAGCAGCUGUAAAUCAGACUGAAGCCAUACUCUGGGGCUAAAAACCAGAGCAAAAAGAAGCCAAGAUACUCUGACUCAAGGUGGAAAAUGUGCAUCUCCAUGCUUGCAUAUAUAUGCCCCAACAUGAGUGUGGGACUGUGGCAAAACAAAGAAAUGAAAGUGCAACAACUUACAAUACACACAAACCAGACAGUCCAAUGGGAGGGGGGAGUCAUGGUGUGAAAGGGGCAUGUAUGGGGGCCCUCCAUGACUGUGCUUUGUCAUGGCAUGUUAAAACCUUCUCAAGCUUUUUAAAACACAAUGUUUUUAAAGGACCUGUUUAGGGUGUUGUAUUGUUUUAUUUGUUUUAAACAAUUUUAUUUUUUUAACUAUUUUUAACUGUAUUUUUAUUCUUUUCACAAGCAAUCUAUUUUGAUAGUGAAACAAUUUAAUUCUGUUUUAAUGCAUCACUUUUAUAUGUUUUUAAUUGCAUUGUUCCUUUCAUGUUGUGUUUGGUACAAAGGGUUAUUCUGGAAAUUGUUUAAAUGUUGGCUGAUUCAAUACUUUCAUGUGCCACAGCACCUGACAUUGUUAUUCAUUACAUUGAUCAUCAUGGGGAAGAUGAGAAUGAUUGAAUAGCAUUCUCAACAUGUAAAAACCAACUUGUCAACAGCUGAAGUUAGAAAAACUGUUUUUGUUUGUUUGUUUGUUUGUUUGUUUGUUUUCUUAAAAAACAAAAACCCAGACUUCCAGGAUCCCCCAGCUAGCAUGCCUACCCUCUAGUCAUUCUGGCCAGGGGAUUCCUAAAGAUGCUAUUGAAAAAAGGAACUAUUUGAAGCUCUGGUCAGAAGUCAUAAGAAUUCAAAAACAAAGGACCAAAACAGAGAUAGAAAAUAUUGGCAUAUGACCUGUCCAGAUAUAACAUACCAAUACAUUUGGGUGUACCUCUUAGAGGCAAAGGGGGAAAAAAGUGAACUUGUUAUAUAUCAGCUAGGCAGGAGGUCUCAAAAUAAAAUAUAACAGCAAGCUGA